AUGGACGACACACAUUCCGACGAUCGAAAUCGUCGAGCUGCCAGUGUGCUAUCUAUGGACGACCUCGAGGCCGCCCAAGCUCUGGAGGGCCUUCGCACAGAAUACGGACAGUCGCCACGAACAUCGCGGCAAACCAUCCCGGGGACAACGCCGAACUCUUCACAAGCAGCGGAGCCGUUGCUCUCGCUGCUAACGUCGUCGCACCCCCUCAUCUCCUCUGCCAUCAACGGCUCCGUAUCUGCAUACACCACUUCUAAAUCGUACUCCGCACGCUUCAAGUCCAGCGCCGAGUUUAUCGAGCGUAACAUCGGUUCACCUGUCGCGAAUACAGUGGGCACUGUCGGCCGCAAGACUGGCGUAGAAAGUGGUCUGCGCUGGGCGCUGCAGCGACGAGACUCUCCGCAGGACUCGAACCCUACCAGUAAGCGCCGCAAGGUGACGGAAGUCCCGCCGGAUAUGGAUGUGGAGAAGGGCGAGGAUGCGAUGAGCCAGAGCCAGAGUCAACCACGAACACGAAGUUCCUCUGAUCUGUCGAUGGCAGAGACGCUCCCACCAUAUGAUGACGCACGGUCGCCUCGGUAUGAGGAGAAACCCGGGCGACAGAAUCCGACGUGGCAGAGCCGCCUUGUUAUUUCAACAUCGGGCUUAGGUGUUGCGAUGAGCGAGGAGUCACUGCGUAGCUUGACCUACUGUUUAACCUGGCUGCGCUGGGCAAACGGGCGACUCGGCAAGGCUAUUGUGGCACUUCAAAGUGCGCUCACGGAGUGGGACAAUCAAAAGAAAAACCAGUCCCAACAACCCGACCUUGAAGGAGGGGAAAGCGCGUCGCUCUUGACACAGCGUAUUCAGGCGGUCAAAGCAGACGUGCUUUCAACGUUGAAGCAGGUUGUCGACGUUGUAUCGAAGUAUGCUGGAGGAGCGUUGCCAGAAAACGCCCGUCAUCUCGUACGACGACACUUGACAUCCUUGCCUCACCGAUUCCAAAUGGCUAGCACAUCUCAACCACCCCCUGGCUCUGUCGAGGCCUCUUCAGAUGCGGCUGUCGGUGCGCACCGAAUUCUCGUUCUGGCAAAUGAAAGCUUGGAUAUUCUGGGUCAGGUUAGCGGUGUAGUCAACGACACCCUUGUAAGUGCCGAGCACUGGUGCGAGCGACUUGGGCGCAAGCGCCACGAUAAACCCGCACAGGAUGCGGAGAAACAGCCAUCUGCCACACCGGACGCUCAACCGUUCGGAAUGGAUAUCAAGCAGCCUCUAGAGGGUGCUCAGGAGGACGUGCAGAUGGCUGGAACUGAGAAAGUUUGA